AUGGGACUUCCCCCGUGGCUCAGCGGGGACGCAACGGAGGCAGGCCGGAGCGGUUGCCAUCGCCAGCGCAAGCUCGCCCUCCAGAAGAAUGUGAAAAAGCAGAGCGACUCGGUUAAGGGAAAUCGCCGAGAUGACGGGCUUCCUGCUGCCGCCCCCAAGGAGAGGGACUCGGAGAUCAUGCAGCAGAAGCAGAAAAAGGCAAAGGAGAAGAAAGAGGAGCCCAGGUAGCUUUGUGGCUUCGUGUCCAACCCUCUCGC